AUGACGGGCCGCCGUCGGCCACCUCGGCGCGAUGUGAUUGUGGCGGCGGGAUCACCUGCUGUGCCCAUCCAACCAGCGGUCCAGGGCGGGCAGGUGCCAGUCCUGUUCCGAGCCGUCGCGGACUGCUUGACUGCGGGUGCUGGCUCCGCGCCUUCUGUGUUACCGAGCGAUCCUGUACGGCCGCGGGAGCCUGUGUACCGAUCCCCCCGUGGGCGCACGCAUCCAUACCUCCGCGCGCGCGGCCAGUCUUUCCGCCGCCGCCGCCCUCCUCGCCCGCUGCCCUCUCGCCAGGCAUGCCUUCGGCCUCAGCCUCGUCCCCCACCCGCGCAGUCCCAGCCGCUGCAGCUUCCUCCGCCGCCGGACGAGUCCGCGUCGUCUCAUGCGGCUCCUUCGCAUGUGCCGGCGCAGUCAGCGCCUCCAGCCCCGCACUCCCGUCAGCCGCCGUCUGCGCCGGUGUCGGCGCCGUCGCCGCAGUCUCAGGCUCCUGUCCCUGCGCCUCCGCCGGUCCAGUCCGGUUCUCUGCCAUCUGCUGGUGCGCCAACCCCCGCGCCCCCUCCGGCCUCGGCGUCCGGUUCGCUCCCGCCCCUGCCUCAGCCUGGGCCCCCCUCUGCCGCGCCCCCGUCGGCAUCGCCCCCCAAUCCUCCGUUUGCAUAUUCGUACCCGCCCCGGCUGGAUGCGACUGCGCCGGCACCGCCAGCCCCUCGCUGGCCACUACCAGCCACUCGCCAGUGUCAGCCUCGUCGCCAGCACCCUCUUGUGCCGCGGUCUCGUCUCCCACAUGCACGGUUUGGAUUUGUGAGUGGCACCCCAUCCCGGUCCCCUUUAGCAUGCCGUGCGUUGCUUUCCCUGCAAUGUUGCUCGCCUCCUUGUUGUUCCCAUUUCUCCACCCUUCGUCGUUCUUCCCCCCUCCUGAUCCCGCAGCAUCAGCCGGUGCCUGGCCUCCCCCGAGGCUACUGGAACGAUGACGAGGUGCCGGGAACGCCUCGUGACCCGGACGUUGGUUGGUGGGCGGUGCCAUGGCCUCAUGCGCGGAGUGAGGCGGAUGGGAGCUGGGGCGCUCCUCCCCCGGAUGCUCCUUGGGGGGAGCCUCGGCCUGGUGAUGGAGCGUAUCAAGCCCGUGGUUUGCAUUUGUCGGAUGUUGGUCGCUGUGUGACGGAGUUGUCCUUCGUGCUUGACCUCCUGCACGACGCCCUCCAGUCGCGGGAGGUUGUGGCCCGAGAUCCGCAGCAGGGUGAAGACCAGCAGGCUCGGGCCCGCCGCGCGGUCUCGGGUGCGAUGUGGGACCUCCUCCGUUUGCCGCUGGAACCUGAGGACCCUUCUCUGGACGACGGACCGGGCGCUGCAGCUUUCCGCAUGGUAGCCAUGGCUGUUGAGGAAAGCCCGCUCGGCAUCGUCCCUGCGAUCGCGUGUGUGCUCCGGUGGCUCGGGCGGCGGGUGGAGCGGAUGCAGGCUUUGUCGUUGAAGCAGCCUUAG